AUGAAAUACGACGUGAUAUUAGGGAUCGAAUGGAUGAGAAGCUUGAAUGUGAUACUCGACCCUGCAAAUGAGAGAAUGACACUGCCCGAUGGCACUGAGAUUACUAAUGCGAAUAUACAAGCUGCAGCUAACCAGCACACUAACACCUACGAGAUAUCGGCCAACGGAUUAAUGACCCUACGAAGAAGACAACAACGAAACCCUGAUAAUAGAAUUAAGAUUUUUGCAGCAAGUAUAGCUGAUAUUGAUAAAGCGCUUGCACCAAAGAAGAGAACCGAGCCCCGAGAAGCCUUACCUGAUUAUUUACGAGAUUAUAUUAAUGUUUUUGACCCUGUCGAAGCUGAUAAGCUUCCCCGGCACCGCCCUGGCGCCGACUAUACAAUUGAACUGAUAGAAAAAGAUAAGGAUGGAAAGAAACCUGAAGCCCCGUGGGGACCACUAUAUAAUAUGUCGAGAGAAGAACUUCUUGUCUUACGGAAAACACUGCACGAACUACUAUCAAAAGGAUUUAUAAGAGUUAGCAAGUCACCAGCCGCAGCCCCAGUACUAUUUGUUAAGAAACCUGGAGGUGGCUUACGCUUCUGUGUCGACUAUCGAGCCUUGAACGCUAUUACUAAAAAGGACCGUUAUCCUUUACUACUAAUACAUGAGACUCUACAGCGAAUAUCAAAAGCAAAGUGGUUUACGAAGUUUGACGUGCCUGCAGCCUUUCACAAAAUCCGCAUCACCGAAGGGGAUGAGUGGUUAACUGCCUUUAGAACUCGAUUUGGCCUUUUCGAAUGGCUCGUGACCCCCUUCGGCCUAGCUAAUGCGCCAAGCACGUUCCAACGAUACAUUAACUGGACCUUACACGACUUCCUAGACGACUUUGUAUCAGCAUACAUCGAUGAUAUCCUCAUCUUCACGGACGGAACCUUAAAAGAACAUCGCUAA